UAUUAUUAUGGCAUUUUUUUUAAAUUUUUUGUUAAAUUCUUAUUUUUCACGACAUUCAGCACAACCUACGUUUCCAUUUUCCUUCUUUAGCCUCCCACCUCCUUUUCCACCACCACCAUCCGUCCCUUUUGCGCUUUUCUGCCUCUCUCCCUCUCCCCCUCUCCCUCUCUCUCUGUCUGAGACGACCCGCAUCAUGGCCUGCGACGACGAGGCUGAGUGGCUGGCCACCGCCAUGACGGACGACUCCACCGUGGCGGAGCUCCUCCUCCGGAUCCAAAGCGCGGGCGCGCCGCCUCACGCGGCGGCGGCGGCGGCGGCGGCCGCCCGCGCCCUGAAGCUCGACUGGACCGUGCGCCAGCGGAGGUCGUCCAACUCCAAGACCGCGCCGAAGGAACCCGGGCGGAAGAAGCGCGGCGGCGAGCCGGCCCGAGCGAGCCCGACGACUCCCCUCUCCUGGAGCGGCGCCACCUCCACCAGCGGCGGCGGCGGCGGCGGCGGAGGCGGAGGAGGCGACGAGGAGUGUAGCGGCGUCCCCGUCGUCAAGUCACCGGAAAAGGCAAGAUCUAAGACCACCAAUGGGAGCACGACCACGAGCGCCGCCACACCCAGCAAGAGGCCGAGAAAGAAAAAGACACUAGCUGAACUGAGGGAGGAGGAGAACAAGCUCUUGAAGGAAAGAAGGAGACUAAGAUGGGGAUUGGCAAACUUGCGUCGUGUUGUUGAGAAGCAAAGACUUGCGAACGAAAGCUUGAAGAAGAUGAAGCUUGACACGCAAUGUAAGCGGGAAGCCGAGACAACUCCUGAAGAGCAACCGCUGAACGUCAGUUCCUGUACCCCGUGCAGCAGCGCAUCGAAAACAUGCAAGGUCGAAACUUGUGAAAGACUCUUUGAGCUGCCUGAUCUCAAUUUGCCAGUGGAAGGUUCCGGCUGAGACUUUCACCUGAGAUGUGCUGAGAGUUCAUGCAAUCAUGUGGUAGGGGAGUCCAUUGAGGGUCGGGUCUUUAGUUGGAGAGUCCCGAUUGUGUUGUAGCCUGUAGGAUGAAUCCAGGAACAAUCCAUUAGUAGGGUUUCACACUUUUAGGUCCAUUCUUAACCUUUCUAAUUGCAUGUAAGUAAAUUUUAAUUGCGCAAGUUAGGGGGAGUGGUUUGUAGAUCUUAACGCGUCAAGGUCGGUUUUCUCGUCUUUAAGUUUUCGUAAUAUGAAGGGAGAGUCCUACCUGAUUUUAGUCCUUUGAUUAGCUGUCCUCUAAUCCGUUGGCAGAUUUGUUAGAUACAUUUGGAGUUAUGGUAACAUCGAUUCUACGUUGUGCUUGUA